CAGGCGUCGUGAACCCAUGCGUAAUCGGCCUCAGGCCUCAGCUUUGCUUCGAUCUGAUUCUCUCACGCUCGCGGUCUCACCUGCGCCGCCCCUCCCCACUGCCAAACACCACAAGUCUCUUUGUUGCACCGUAGCAACGGCUUCCGACUUGCUUCCAUCACCAGCGCCUGCUUACGCCACGACCCCUCGUUUCGCGCGCCCUCGUGACGCUCUUCAGCUUGCGAUUGAUCUCCGUUCAGCCUCAGCGUGACGCCCCAACCGACGAAGAAUCCGCACGACCAACAUGGCUCUGUGCCAGAACCGCUUACAAGAGGAGAGGAAGCAGUGGCGCCGGGAUCAUCCCUUUGGGUUCUUCGCGAAGCCCGCGCGCACCAAGGAGGGUGUGUUGGACGUCAAGAACUGGGAGUGCGGAAUCCCAGGAAAGGACAAGACGAUUUGGGAGGGCGGCCUGUUCAAGCUGACGAUUGCGUUCCCCGAUGAGUACCCCACGAAGCCUCCCAAAUGCAAAUUUGUCCCCCCGCUGUUCCACCCCAACGUCUAUCCCUCCGGCACCGUCUGCCUCUCGAUUCUCAACGAGGAGGAGGCAUGGAAGCCCGCCAUUACGGUAAAGCAGAUCCUCCUGGGCAUCCAGGACCUGCUCAACGACCCGAACCCCGAGUCUCCCGCCCAGGCGGAUGCAUACAACCUCUUCAAGAGGGACCGCGCCGAGUACGAGAAGCGGAUCCGUCGUGUGGUCCGUGAUAACCCCGCCCCUUGAGGGGAGCGGCGAGCUUCAGGGUGGCACGACUUUAGACACUUUAUUAGGGAUGUCUGGCUACGGCGUUUAAGGGGAUACCAAGGCGAAAAUUACUGCUUGAUAUGUGGCCGAAGGAAAUCGAGAUGCCUGCAUGAACUGGGAUU